AUGUUCGUCGAAGAAGCAGACGCAAAUACAGCGGAGCAAGACGAUGUGGUUUCCAACAUCAAAACGAAUCUGACCUGUCAAAGUUGCGACAAACUGUUCUUGGAUCCGCGAAUUCUGCCUUGCCUGCAUACAUUCUGUUGCCAGUGUAUUGAAUCCUUUGUGCGAAACCGACCCAUGCAGGACAAAAUACUCAAAUGUCCGACUUGUCAACUGGAAACGGGGCUGGAUAGUCGCUCCGCCGUGAGAAAGCUUCCCGCGAAUUCUCUUCUUGUUUCACUUCUUGAUUUGCUGCUUAUUCAACAAGGUGAAACUGUUAGGUGCGACAUCUGCGACGAUAGCGAGGAGGCAUCAGCUCGUGUCCGUUGUAAGGAAUGUUCGGUUUACUUGUGCGAGCUCCACGAGGAGGCUCACAAGAGAGCGAGGGAUACAAAACAACAUGUGCUUCUCUCAUUGGGUAAGUUAAAGUUUUCCCUCUCAACUAGAAUGACAAUUUACCUAUUUUGGCAAAAUUACAUACUGCAUGAAAUAAUAAAACAAGAACAAUACAGGCAAAACAAAGAAACAAAAUUUGGAAUCCGAUCCUGUUUUAAACGAACUGCACUUUAGUGGUCAAAUACUUUUAACAAGGAACAAAAUUCAAUUCGUGAAGAGCGUUUCACAACAAUUUUGCCUAAGACCUAGUCCUCAUUUUACCGCGCGGCCUAUUCGUUGUGAGUCACGUGGUCCGAGCGAUCGUCUUGUAUUCUUCGAUUUGAGGGUCUUGAGAAACCCCGUAUGGAACUACAUGUAAUUAUAGAUAGAGGCAAUUAAAAGUACAAUUAUGACGCUGCGGGGAGGGGUUGGGGGUGGUGGGACGUAGAAAGCACCAGGGGGCACUGCAACGUCUUUUCUGGGACAGUCAAAAUUCACCAGCCAGAAUUAAACCGAAAGCUCAAGGAUCCGAGACUGGUGAUAAUCCGCACUAUCUAGUGUGCCACUUGUCUUGAUCAACUGCAAUUUAUUCAACAGAUCACUUGAAAAGCAUGUCUCUCAGAGAACUUAACCGCCCGACUUACUGCUCAGCCCACACGGAUGAGAAACUAGCUCUAUUCUGCGACACCUGCAAUGUGAGUAUCUGCCGUAACUGCGCCCUUGGCGAUCAUAAACAACACGACACUCAGUUCCUUGAGGACGCCUACUCCAAACUUCGACCACGACUUUCAGAGCUGCUUGACCAAACAAAGAGUGUUUGCAUCAAGGUGGAAAAUGCCAUUCCCAUGUUGGAUUGGAUGUUAGCACGAGUCAACUUGAAGGCUGAUGGUGUCUUGAGAGAUAUUGAAGAGAGCAUCAGUGCGAAGAUUAAAGCUUUAGAACAACGUAGAAAGGAGCUACGAUCCACGGUGGAACUGAUCAGGAUAAACAGAAAAACUAUUUUGGAAAUGCAGAAGAAAAAACUAGAGGCAUCCCGGGAUACAUUGCGCGUGUCAUGUCACUUUGUCAAGAGAGUCCUAGAGGAAGGUAAUAUUGAGAUACGUUUUAGAUUUUUAUCCCAAGGGCACUCACGAGCGUACAUGGGACCUUCUCAACUUGUGCCUUUGAUUUUCGAAUGUUUUUUUUUGAGUAAAGAAUAAACUGAUCCCUCUUUAAGUUAGCAAGCUACGCGAUUUCAUCCAGGCUCAGUUCUUGAUUUUUCCGGCCUCUCCCAGCCUACCUACGACACAAAGACUGUCUCUGCAGAAGAGAGCUAAGAGGGCAUUUUAAUUACAACGCAAUCUCAAGUUUAUGUGUAACAAACUAAUUUGAGAAUUACUCGGCACGAAAUCAGUUCUUAUUGAUAGUUCGCUUUACUGAAAUUGAUUUUCCUCAGUAUCUUCUUAUGCUCAACCGAGUUUCUCUUGAUUUAUUCCUACCGAUCAGGUGAUUCAAUUUAUCUUCUGUCAGCAAAAGAUCUCAUGUCUGACAGACUAAAAUCUCUUGCAACUCAACAUUACGAGCUGCAACCCCGGGAAGACCAUUCGAUGAGGUUCCUUGCGGAUGACCAGACACUGCAUAACAUGAUAGACUCGUUUGGUUCCAUAGAAGCAUCAUACGCUCAUUAUGCUACCUCUUCGGCAGAAGGGCGUGGCCUUCAACAAGCGGCUGUCAACCAGUUGGCUCAUUUUACGGUUGUAACCAGGUGUGUAAAGAUACAUCCUUUUCUUGCCGAUUGAUCAUUGGCAAAGUUAAGCGAAAUUCUAAUACCGACCGGUUCUGAUGCCGAGAAAUUCUGAAGAGAAGCGAUUAAUGUUGAAUGUGUUAAUCACGUGUUACCAGUUGUUCAAAAAGUGGAUAACGCUAGCCACUGGUUAAAUUUUGCAAAUAGAAUUCCACUAUUAAUCAGGACUGCACAGCCACAUCAGUCUAAGACCUAAAUAGUAUGCACAGCAAAAAUGAGUUUUAGCCAAAAUUUCGAGAAGGAAUAAAGAUUUUAUUGUUCACUGUGACUUUUGAAAAGCGCCUUUAUAUUCUGGCGAGGAUGAAAUUUUUGUUCAAAAGAUGAUAUUAACGCAAACAUUUUUUCAGGGACAGAAAAGGAAAGCCAAUCGCAUGUGAAAAUGGUGAAGUAAAUGUUCAGAUUCAAGCUCCGGAUGACACCAUCAUCGUUGGUGAUGUAAUCGCACAGAAUGCUGGGAGACACAGCGUCACUUACAGUCCGUCCUUACCGGGCCUCCAUCUCAUUCAAGUCACCAUCCGGGGAUUUCCAGUAAACGAAAGCCCUUUUGCUGUGCACGUGCCUUGCGAAGCACGUGAGUACAAAGACAUAAAGGAACCGACGUUGGUGAUAGGAAGCUCUGGGGAAAAACCCGGACAGUUAAAAGGAGCAAGGGGAAUCGCUGUGGAUAAAGAGAACAGGAUAAUCGUAUGCGACAGGAACAAUUUUCGCGUUCAAGUGUUUGAUUCUUCUGGCGUGUUUUUGUUUAGUUUUGGAAAGAAAGGUGACGGAAAAAAUGAAUUCAAGGGUCGUCCUUUGAGUGUCGCAGUGAGCAAAGAUGGAAAGAUUUACGUGUGUGAUUGGGGCCGAUCGUCAGUACUGAUGUUCGACUCUAAAGGAGAGUAUCUAGGAGAAUUGAAACCUCCCGAGGGAGUCUCACAGACCGAUGGAAGGCUUAACCAUGUUGUUGUUGAUGAGGAAGGGGGUGUCUACGUUGCUGAUUGUGAUAACCGAGUUAUCUACCUGUUUAGUAGCUCCGCAGAGUAUUUGUCACAUUUCAAAGUCGGCACUUUGGACGAUGACGAUGGUCUUCAACGAAAAAUGUCCGGUAUUGCUGUAAACAGCAAAGGUAAGUGAAAGAAUGAGAAUACAGUACCUUUUUUCCGAGCACCUGUUCUCAGUUACGAACCUUGCGACUGGAGCCAAGGAGACUCUUCCUGACCCCGAACUUCCGGACUAGUCAAUCCUGUUUUCUCUCGUCAAACUAGUUUUCCUUGUCCGAGCAUCCGUUUACUGACAAAUUGAUGGUCAUAACGAAGGGGAAUUUCGGGGACGCGCGUGCAGAAGGAGAGAAAAGAAUUAGAUGAGAGAAUUUGGUCUUUGCUGAUCAUUGUAUCAAUUCUCAUAACUUUUUCUCUUGAUGAUGUAUUGAUGUUGAUUUGAAAAAAAUUGAUGUUAGUCACUCUUGGGUCUGAGAGUUCAUAGGACACUGAACUAAGAGGUCAGAUAAGAUGGAAAUGAUGUCUUGUACUGCAAUGCUGCUAAUGAAAACUUAUUAUACAAGUAUCCAUAAAUAAAAUUCACUUAUUAUUAGCUUUCUUUUGUCUUUAGGCGAGAUCGUGGUUUCAAUGGCCAAAGAUGCCGGAUUUAAAGUGUUUAAAAGGGACGGCAGCAUGGUUCGAAACAUCGCACUUCCCUUUACGGAGCUUAACUUGCUCACCCCAGAAGCCAUUGCUGUUGAUGGCAAUGACAACAUUCUGUUGGUUGACAGUAUGAAGAACAGUCUACUAGUCUUCUCAGCGGAAGAUGGCCACCUGAUUGCGGAAUGUGCAAGAGAGGGUCUAUGUAAUCCAUGUGGAGUUGCGGUAGAUUUAAUGGGAAGAAUUAUUAUAGCUGAUGCUUCAAAUCAGAUUAAAGUUUUUUAG